GACUCAGCGAUUCCUCACACUCUCCUCUUUCCUUUGCUGCAACUCUCCCGCUGAUGCAACAUUGCCUUUAUCUUCGUAUUUCCCCGCCUCAACCAAUCUCUAUGGGAUUGGCCCCAGGUCCAUUCUGGCUUUGCUACAAUAUCUCCGGCCACCGAUUCGUUGGCCCGACCGUUUUCCAAGAGUUCUUCCCUAUGAUGGUUUAAGCACUUCCAGGCUUCACGGACAAGCUUUUGGCUGAUACCGCCACAAGCCCCAUGGCCUUGUUCAAGAGAUGAUUCUACCUACCUUCGUCCAAGUUGCGAACCCAGUCAACUAUGGGGAGCCAUCUCCUCAAUAAUGGCGAAACCAGGCCUCUUCUUGGUGAGUCUUCUCACCGGCGAUCAUCCUCUGACUCGGACAAGGACAUUGAGGACAGGAAGGACCCGGCGGCUCUGAUCGCUACCGCCUCUAUUGACGACAUCAACGCCGAGGCAAGAGUAGCUGCCGACGAAGAGCAUGGACAUACCUUCUUUGAAGCCGCCCGGCUAUACCCUACCGCUAUCGGUUGGUCGUUGUUCUUCUCUCUCGGUGUCAUCAUGUGCGCCUUUGACCCACAGCUUCUCGGUCAGCUCUAUGCCACGCCUGCGUUUCAACGUGACUUUGGCUACUUAUACGACGGUGGCUACAUCAUUUCAGCGCCAUGGCAGACCGGCCUAUCAAUGGGUUCGCCUAUUGGACAGGUUGUUGGAGCCCUCUUUGCUGCAUAUCCCAUGGAAUGGUAUGGCCGCAAAAAGACCUUUGGUGCAUGUGUCAUUUUGACUUCAGCUUUCAUUUUCAUUCAAUUCUUCGCGCGCUCCCUCCCAGUGCUUCUUGUCGGAGAACUAUUAGGUGGCCUGGUCCUCGGCUGUUACGCCGUCAUUGCCCCUGCCUAUGCGAGCGAAGUGUGCCCGCUUGCCCUGCGAGGCGUACUCACCAGCUGCACCAACAUCUGCUUUGUUACGGGCCAAUUAUUGGCGAAUGGAGUGAACGCAGGUACUCACGUCCUAGAUAGCCACUGGGCUUAUAGCUUGCCAUUUGCCGUCCAGUGGGUCUGGCCAGCAAUCAUCCUCGCCAUCUUGCCGUGGGCACCCGAAAGUCCCUGGUGGUUGCAACGCAAAGGCCGAUUUGAGGAUGCAGAAAAGUCCCUCCGCCGUUUGGCAUCCUCCAAGGUCGACAUCAAACCAACAUUGGCAAUGAUCAUCGAGACAGAUCGCCUCGAACAAACCAUGGAGGCCGGUUCAACAUACGCCGACUGCUUCAAGAAGAUCAACAUCCGUCGAACGGAGAUUGCCGUCGGCGUAUACUCGAUCCAAGUGCUCUCUGGGAUCUAUCUCGUUGGCUACGCAACCUAUUUCUUUCAGCUCGCAGGCCUUCCUACAGACCAAGCAUUCAACAUGGGGGUCGGGUUCCUAGCCGUUGGGUUCGUAGGAACCUGCCUCAGUUGGGUGCUGUUGGUCCAUUUUGGUCGAAGACGAAUCUAUAACGUUGGGCUAGCAACUCUUGCCCUACUGCAAUUCAUUAUCGCAAUCAUAGAUUGCGCACCAAACUACGACAAUCGGCCAUCCUUGACCUGGGCUCAGAGCGUGUUGAUGCUAGUCUGGAACUUUGUGUAUGACUGGUCUAUUGGCCCUGUUUGCUUUGUCCUGCUCUGCGAGGUGUCGGCAACUAGAGUCCGGGGAAAGACCAUUGCUUUAGCCACUGCGGUGCAAGCGACGAUUGGUAUUGCAAUGACGGUUGCGAUCCCAUACCUGAUCAACCCCGACCAAGCAAAUCUUCGUGGCAAAUUGGGAUUCUUCUUUGGUGGCUUGGCUGCGCUGUGUCUCACCUGGGCUUGGUUCAGGAUUCCAGAACUGUAAGCACAAGACUCAGCUGAUGCUGCUUCCAACUAACAAUAAACCUCAGAAAAGGUAGAACUUAUCAGGAAGUUGACAUCAUGUUCGAGCGCGGACUCAAGACGAGAGAGUUCAAGAACUACCAGUUCACCAGAUAACGAAGUUGUGAAGAUAUGUGGCACUAUCUCAGAGCAUGUAUCCAGCGUCUGAUCUGUCUCUAUUCAUUGGCCAGACAUCAUAAUGCCGACAGCUGCAGUAUUCCCCGAGGACAGACUCCAGAAUGGGGAUUUUCCUACAAUCUCGAUUGAAGUCUACUCCUCCCGCAUGAUAAGCCCACUUUAAUAGACAACCGACCGCCGGCAUGAAGUAGAUUGUACGGAUAUGACCGCAAUCAACUUCUCUAGAUGCAUGAACAAAUGCAUGCCCAUGGUCGCCUUUGGAUAACGUUACCAUAAAGCUAUACCAAGACCUCUUCCGUAUCUACCCCUCAUCUCAGCA